CGAGACACACUGAGUAAAUCGCUGGGAGUAAAAUUCAGCAAAACACUGAGGUGUUAAAAGUUAAAACAAACAAACAAGAAGAAUACAAUCAAUACAGAUAGAUGAUGAUAAUGAACAACAAAAUAUACUAAUCUUUCUGUCUUCUCCCUCCGUCAUUCUGUAUAAACUUUCGAUCUACUUUCUCAAAUCGACACUGUUUCUUAUCCAUAAUCUCUUGAUUUUCAGUUUCACAUACUCAAUUUCCUUCUCACUAGUCAACUCUCCAUCCCUUCCACUGUAUUCAAUCAAAUUGGUGAAUAAAUGGAGAACGCGGAUGUCUUCGGUUCUUCGACGGCUCCCCUUACUUGGCAUGAUUUUCUUGAGCGGAUGAGGCAUCCAUCCGCCUCUGAUUUUGUCAAAUCCAUUAAAAGCUUCAUUGUUUCCUUCUCAAACAAUGCUUCGGAUCCGGAGAGAGAUAGUGCUGCUGUGCAGGAGUUUCUUGCAAACAUGGAAGGUGCAUUUAGGGCUCAUUCUCUUUGGGCUGGUUGCACGGAGGAAGAGCUAGAAAGUGCUGGCGAGGGAUUGGAGAAGUAUGUCAUGACUAAAUUAUUUCCUCGUGUAUUCGCAUCACUUGAGGAAGAUGUAAAGUUUGAUGAGCAACUAUUUGAGAAGAUGGCUUUACUACAACAGUUCAUUCGGCCGGAGAGUUUGGAUAUAAAGCCAACGUUCCAAAAUGAAACAUCAUGGCUGCUUGCUCAAAAAGAGCUACAGAAGAUCAAUAUGUACAAGGCACCAAGAGAUAAAUUGGUUUGUAUCCUCAAUUGUUGCAAGGUCAUCAACAACUUACUUCACAAUGCUUCAAUUGCUUCAAAUGAGAAUCCUCCUGGAGCUGAUGAGUUCCUCCCUGUCUUAAUUUUUGUCACUAUAAAGGCUAAUCCUUCACAAUUGCAUUCAAACUUGCUGUAUAUACAAAGAUACAGGUCUCAAUCGCGAUUAGUCUCAGAAGCAGCUUACUUUUUCACAAACAUGCUUUCUGCAGAGUCUUUCAUAUCAAACAUUGAUGCCAAUGCCAUCUCAAUGGAUGAAGCCGAGUUCGAAAAUAAUAUGGAAUCUGCUCGUGCAGUUCUAUCAGGCCUUGCGGAUGAUUCUGAAGUUUCAAGUCAUAGUGACCGAGAUUUCAGUCGUUCAUCGAGAACAGAAUCGUUGGAUUCCAAACAAAGUUCCUCAAAUAAGGAAAGGAAUAAUUUGCUGUCUGCAAUGCUCUAUCGUCCUACACCCCAGACAUCUCCAGUAAAACUCGAGGCUCAAGAUUCUAAAGACAAAAUUGUGAAAAAGCCCUCCAUUUCAAAUUUGGAGCAGACAGGUGCAUCUGAGCUUUUGAAGGAGGAUCAAAUGAGCACUGCCUUCCAAGAUUAUCCUUACCUUUAUGCACAAGUUGGGGAUUUGACGAUUAAUGACGUGGAUGGCCUGCUCAACAGUUACAAACAACUCGUACUGAAAUAUGUUUGUCUUUCUAAAGGAAUGUCUGUUACUUCUCCGCUCCCUCCUUUGCCUACAUCACAAAUUCAAACACAAACCUCCACUGAAACUGACUACCAAUCUGAAGACAGUAGACCAGUUGAGAAAGAUGAAGAAAAGCAUGAAGACAUGGCUAAAAAAGAUGAAGUUAUAGAUGAAGGUCCAGUUUUACAAGCUGAAAGUUCCGAAUCCAGUAUUACAGAAGAUGAAUCAUCAGCUGGGCAACAAGAUGCUGAAAAGGAAAAUACAUAGUCGUUUACUGUGAGGUCGAAAAGAAGGAUUAGUUUUCUGAAUUAGACUACUAUUGAAAGAGUUUCAGUCCAAAAGACUGACUAAAACCAUGAACUAAUGGUAAACCUCUUAACCUAGUAAAAUUUUGUUAGCCAUAUAAGUUUAUGUGGGAGGGUAACCCAGUAAUAUUUGGCUAGCCAUGUAAGUUUGUGUGGGAGCUCAGCCACGACAACUAGGUUGCAUUUAUUUAUGAAAAUAUCUCAUCCGCAACGGGUCUUCCUUGUAUCCCAUCUUGACCGAUAGUAGAAUUUGUUGCAAUUUAUGGCAUUCUGUUUCUUGUAUUCGUCGCAAUAUACGUUUCAAUGGAUCAUCAAUCUUAAUAGUGCAAGACUUUGUUUGGGAAA